AAGAGAACCGUGGCGAAGUGUUUUUCAUAUAUUUAUAUUUUAUAUUUACAAUAUUUUAUAUGUACAUAUUAAUUUAAAAGCAAAACUGCAAAAACAAGCUCGAGAGCUGUGCACACGCAAACACGGGUCCAAGGAGACGACGACGACGACCCAGAGCAAACAAAGCAGAACAAGUUCGAUCAGCACAACAGACACGUCAGAAUAUUUAAUAAAUAUUCUAUUGUUUGUACAAGUGUUUCGAUACAAAAAUCAAAAGCCCACGCGACCGUCAAGUAACCAAGCACAGUUGCAGACAUGAAGUUCUCCGGUCUGACAGUUUCGCCGUUGCUUGUCUUCCUGGUCACCAUAUUGCUGGUGCAUCUGGUCACGUCCUUGCCAGUAACCCAAAAGAAAAACGAUGACAAGAAGCACGAGGGUGGGGAGGCCAGCAGUACACCAGCCACAGCUGAUGUGGAAACUGCUCUGGAAUACGAAAGGUAUCUCAGGGAAGUGGUAGAGGCUCUUGAAGCGGAUCCCGAGUUUCGUAAGAAGUUAGACAAGGCGCCUGAGGCAGAUAUACGUAGUGGCAAAAUCGCACAAGAACUGGAUUAUGUGAAUCAUCAUGUACGUACUAAGCUAGACGAGAUAAAGCGACGUGAGCUCGAACGUCUUCGUGAAUUGGCCAGUCAGACUUAUGAACUGAAAAAUGAUAUUGAUCGCAAGCAUUUAAAGGUGCCGCAACAUUUGGAUCACGAUAAUGAGCACACAUUUGAGAUAGAAGAUCUAAAGAAGUUAAUUAAAAAGACUUCCGACGAUUUGGCCGAAGCCGAUCGCAAGCGACGUGGCGAAUUUAAGGAAUAUGAAAUGCAAAAGGAAUUUGAACGAGAGGCCCAAAAGAAAGAAAUGGAUGAGGAGUCUCGCAAGAAAUACGAUGCUGAGAUUCAUGAAAAGGAGAAAAAACACAAGGAUCACGAAAAACUCCACCAUCCUGGUAAUAAGGCUCAGUUGGAAGAGGUUUGGGAGAAACAAGAUCAUAUGGACAAGAAUGAUUUUGAUCCCAAAUCCUUUUUCUCCAUCCAUGACGUAGACAGCAAUGGCUACUGGGAUGAAGCAGAGGUAAAGGCCUUGUUCGUAAAGGAACUGGACAAAGUCUAUAAUAGCAAUCUGCCAGAGGAUGAUAUGCGAGAACGUGCAGAGGAAAUGGAACGUAUGCGUGAACAUUAUUUCCAAGAGACAGAUAGCAACCACGACGGUUUAAUCAGCAUUGAAGAAUUCAUGCAGCAGACCACCAAGGAGGAAUUCCAGAAAGAUCCUGAAUGGGAAACAAUUGACCAACAGCCACAAUAUACACAUGAUGAAUAUUUGGAAUAUGAACGUCGACGCCAAGAAGAAGUGCAACGAUUGAUUGCCGAAGGCCAUUUGCCGCCCCAUCCGAAUAUGCCACAGGGUUAUUAUGCUGCAGUUCCUCCGGCACCAUAUCAGCAAGCUCCUCAUCCAUCUGGCCAGCAGUUGCACUAUCAGCAACCUGAUCAAUUGCAUUUGCAGCAGCAGCAACAAUAUGCACAACAGCAACAACAAUAUCAGCAACAUCCAUACGGACAACAGCAACAACAACAACAGCCUGUGCAAUUGCAUCCCAAUCAAGUGUAUCAGACAGUGGGGCAACAGCAGCCAGUGUAUCAGCAACAGCAGCCCGUCUAUCAACAGCCGCAGCAACAGCAGCCAGCCUAUCAGCAGCAGCAUCAGCAACAACAACCAAAUGUACAGCAGCAACAGCAGCCUGUCUAUCAGCAACCACAAGCCGCACAGCAGCAGGUUAACAAUCAGAGCCCUCCGCCAAUUCAAAAUCCACAAGUGCCCAUACAACAACAACAGCAGCAGCAGCAACAACAACCUGUGCAACAGCAGCAACAGCAACCUGUGCAACAGCAGCAACCGCAACAACAACAACAACAUCAACCUGUGCAACAGCAACAACAACAAACGGUGCAACAGCAAUCAUCGCAAGCACCACAACACUAGGAACAUUCCAUUGUUCAUUUCAACGAUCUUUUUCUAAAUUCCAUACAAAAAAUAGUUGAUAAUUUUUUGUAAUCGAACUGAGACCAACUCACAGAUGUAACAAGGAAAACUUUUGCAUUUGCAUUCUGUUUCCAUUUCAAGCAAAUCUCUUUUUUUAUAUAAAGCAACAUUUAUUUCUUCUUCUCAUCUCUGUUGUCUCUCCAGCAUUUAUUCUAAGUUUUUUUUUAACGCAUAUUUUAUGUACAUAAUAAAUUAAUAUGAAUUUAUAUACGCGAUUAAAAAAAGUCAAAUAAAUGUUUAAGUGCAGAAGGCAA